AUGUGGAUGUACUCGGGUGUCAACGACACCUCUUGGGUUCACCCAGAGGAGGUUACAAAUGAGACGGUGGACCUGUGGCUGAAGGGAAUUACCGGGAACAAGGAUAACCCCAGGGGAGUCAGGAGAGUGGAUCCAUUCGACACUGACAACCAGUCGGACAAGGUUUAUACUGAGAUGUACUCAAUGCCCAAUGGUGAACAAGCCCUGGAGCAAGACCAGGAGGGAGAGGAUAGCGUAAAAGAGAGCAGCGACUGGCAAUCCCCUGAUGACGAUGAUGAAGAGAGUGACGACAGAAAUCUUGUGAUCUUUGGAGCUCAAUUUGCUGAACUAGAGAAGAAGCAGAUCAGCCUCAACUUUGAUCUGGAGCUGGCCAAGAAGAAUCUCAAGAAGGCCCAGGAUGAAGUAGCUACCAUGGGAGGAGGUGCGAGAGAAAAGGCACUUCCUGACAAGAAGCUGGCCUCAUUCAACAAGUUGGAAGAGGAGAACUCGAAGUUGAAGACUGCCGUUACCGAAGCCAACCAGGAGGUUGCACGACUGAAGAAGGACCAGGAAAGCUUGACUGACGAAGUUGGAAGUCUCAAGGCCAAGAAGGGUGAACUGGAGGCUUAUCUGGAAUGGAAGAAGUCAUCUGCUCAUUGUGGCGCCGAUGUUGCUUUGUCGUUGGUCCGAGUCCACUACAAGGAUGUCAGAGAAGACAAGCUGGCGCCUCUCAAGCCUCCGCCGCUGGUGUACCCCAAAUCCCUCGCUGCCGGCUGCAGUUCCUCAAAUCCUAGCCUCCCCGAACCUCUCACCCGCUCCUGCGCUCUAUUCCUCAGCUCGCCAACCACUGAACCGCAGCCUCAACAUCGAACGUCGCUGUCCUCGUCUCAGACGCCGCCGCCGCCGUCCUCGUCCCAGCCGUGGUCGUCGCCGUCCAAGUCACAGCCGCCGCCGUCUCCGUCCAAGUCCCAGCCGCCGCCGUCGCCGUCCUCGUCCAAGCCACCGCCACGGCCGUCCUCGUCCCAGUCGCCUUCGUCACCGUCCCGCCACCGCAGCUCCAUCGUCCUCCAACCGCCGUCCGUUCCCCAUCAAGGCUUAGAUCUUGGAUCUGCUAGUGGACUUUGGGAGUUUGUUAGACAGCUUGGUGACUCCACACUUUUUCACUAUUUCAGCAAGCCUUUGACGUUCAAGUCCUUCAGGAAGGGAGGGCAGGAAUCCCGAUUCAAGAGUGAAGGUGUUGCUCAAAAUCGGGGAGGUUCGCUUCCAUUUGUGGAGGCUCGACAAAUUCUGGCUGAGAAAUAUGGACCUGAGAAGGCUACCACGCUGAAUACAUAUGCUGCAAUGAAAUCUGGACUCAAGAAUUGGGAUGGCAGUGGUAGCACCAGCACGACCCUCAGCGGGAAGGCAAAAAAUGCUUUGAUGAUUACUCUGAUUUGGCUAGAGCCGCACAUCCUGAUGAAUGGGAGCAGCGAGAGUUGGAUGGGCAAAUAUUAUAUGAAUCAUCAGGUGGCAUUCCCCAUGGGCGACUAGCAAUAGCAGAUGGGGCGAUUAAGAAGGCUGAUGUUAUCUCAAUAGCUAGAGAAAAGAAAUUGAGGCCGUCAACUUCAGCAGCACAUCGACGAACUGUUCAAGAAAAUGAAGAGCUGAAGCGACAUAAUGAGAACCUGCAGCGACAUAAUGAGAACCUGCAACAUAAAGUGGAUAUGCAUGAACGGAUCCUAGUGUUACUUUCAAAUUUGUCCACAUAUUUCAGAUUGGUGAUUGAAAAAACUAGCUAUUCUAAUGAUGCAUAUUUUUUUCAUAGGCCCUUUUUAAGGAGAUGGGAAAAGAACUACCAACGGAGCUACACCAAGGAGCGAGUUCCCAACCACAUGGGACACCUAAUUCAUCUCAUAUGAGACCCCAAACCUCCGAUAACAACACUGGUGAUGAUGAUCUGGGUGCAAAUGGUGGUGCUGACAACUCCAGUGGGAAUACCAGUGACAACAACGUUAGUGCCGGUGGUGGCGACACUAGUUCCAACAUUCGUGAAACUGAGACCUAGAAUCAUAGAUGGUGGUUGUAACCUUGGUAGUGCCUUUUGUUGACUUGGAGCCAGACUUUAGAACUAAUGUUGGUGUUGGCAACAAAGCAGCAUUUUGCUAGUUGCAAGACUUUAGAACUAAAGGUGGUGUUUGCAACAAGGUAGCAUUUUGGUAGUUGCAAGACUUUAGAUGAACUGUGAUGUACUUUCCUUGUAAUUCUUUGGGUAUGCAAAACUGAUGGUUAUCCUUGUAAGCUGAGAACUGUUAUGUAGAUUGUUUCUGAUGCUUUGGAUGUGCAAAAUUGAUGGAUGUAUCUAAUGAUUAUGAUUUUUAUUGA